GUCUAAACACAGCGGCUAGAAAUGAGGUGGGAAGUAAAAUAUCGUUUCCACGAACUCUCAGUACGGACGAACCAACUCUCUCGCUGUGCGUGUGGCUGGUCUGACUCAGCUGGCAUCGCAUCAUCAGCAGUGUGUACGUGUUCUCGUAUUUUGAGGAAAGCUCUCACUGCUCUCUCUCUCUCUCUCAGAGUGUUUGGAGUUUUAUUGGCGCUGAAAAGGUUAAAAAAGACGGAGAAUGGAUUCCUAUCUUGGAAAAUGGGUGCUGGUACGUGAAGCAUCUGACAAUAUUGUUCCCCAGCUACAGGCGGCAGGUGUGCCAGCAGAAAGCGUAGAACAGGUGGCUAAGAUAAUGCAGGACAACGACCAGAUUAUCUCUCUGGCUAAAGAUGGCGACGGCUUCUUCUACAGCUUCGAGUGUGGCCCUCUGAAACAGGAGUACACCUUUAAGCUGGGAGAGACGUUUGAGCACUUGAUGCCGCAUGUGAACAAGAUGGCGAAGAUCACGUUCAGCCUGGUGAACGGUUUACUGGUUGACGACAUUGAGAUGGAGGGAGCAGGGAAGAUGACGUAUUCAAGGGUGGUGGACGGGAAUGACAUGACUGUGACAAUGAGUGCAGGCGGCCAGGCGGAGACAGGAAAGCGAAAAUACAGGAGGAUGUAGUGACGCACUGGGGAGUGACUGAAAGAAGACCAGGCACGCGUUUACACUGACCAAGAGGGUUAAAGACGAAAAAGUAUUAGGAUUAAAAAGAAAAAUUGCCAGUGCACUAUAAAGUGGAGAAUAAGGACAUGUUAGUGUGUGCGUUGUUCGUGAAGUUUUCGUGACCCCGGGCUAUAUGUGAAAUAUAUGUCUUUUCCAAUGCAACUGCUUCUUUUGAGGUUUAAUUUUUUUCCUAAAAGUAUGUCAACAAGCAAGUAGUUUCAAGUACACGAACGUGAAGUUUGUUGCAUGAGUGUAUUCAUUUUAUACUUCAAACAAAAAAAA